AUGCCGGACGCCUGGACUGCUCGCAAUGCCGAGGAAAUCAAAGGCUACGCGGACCGCAACGAAUGGAAGAACUUCCUCUCUGCGAUCGAAGCUGUCUACGGUCCGCCGACGAGGGGCACUUCUCCUCUCCUCAGAGCCCACGGCAACACUCUCCUGACUGAGAAGGCGCAAAUCCUGCAGCUAUGGGCCGAGCAUUUCCGAGGCGUCCUCAACCGCCCCUCCGUCAUCUCCGACGCCGCCAUCGAGCGUUUGCCGCAAGUAGAGACCAACGUGGACCUCGACCUUCCGCCAUCUCUCCAGGAGACCAUCAGGGCCGUGCAGCAGCUGUCCAGCGGGAAAGCACCCGGAUCAUACGCGAUCCCUGCUGAGGUCUACAAGCACGGAGGUCCCCUACUGAUGGAUCACCUGACUGCGCUCUUCCAAGAGAUGUGGCAUCAAGGUGCAGUCCCGCAAGAUUUCAAAGACGCAACCAUCGUGCAUCUCUACAAGCGCAAAGGGAAUCGCCAAGUCUGCGACAACCACCGCGGCAUCUCCCUGCUGAACAUCGCCGGGAAGAUCUUCGCUCGCAUCCUUCUCAGCCGCCUCAAUAACCAUCUGGAACAAGGCCUUCUGUCGGAAAGCCAAUGCGACUUCCGUCGUCAUCGUGGGACCACGGAUAUGAUCUUCGCCGCCCGUCAACUUCAGGAGAAGUGUCAGGAAAUGCGGACCCACCUGUACUCUACCUUCGUGGACCUGACGAAAGCCUUCGACACGGUGAAUCGUGAAGGACUGUGGAAGAUCAUGCAGAAAUUCGGCUGUCCGGAGCGAUUCAUUCAGAUGGUGCGUCAGCUCCACGACGGUAUGAUGGCGCGAGUCAUGGACAACGGAGCUGUCUCAGAGGCAUUCGCAGUGACCAAUGGAGUUAAGCAGGGCUGUGUACUGGCGCCUACCCUCUUCAUUCUUAUGUUCUCUGCCAUGCUGAUGGACGCCUACCGCGACGAACGCCCCGGGAUCCGCAUCGCCUACAGGACGGACGGUCACCUGCUGAAUCAACGGCGGAUGAACUUCCAAUCGCGCGUAUCCACAACCACCGUUCGCGAACUCCUCUUCGCCGACGACUGCGCCCUGAACACCACCUCGGAAGAGGGGAUGCAAUGGAGCAUGGACCUGUUCUCCGCCGCUUGCGAGAACUUCGGUCUGGUCAUUAACACGCAGAAGACGGUGGUGAUGCACCAACCGCCACCCAACUCAGCCACAGCCUCCAACGCGCCGCCGCAAAUCAGCGUGAACGGAACCCAACUGUAGGUGGUGGAGAACUUCCCGUACCUGGGCAGUACUCCCUCCCGCAACACCAAGAUCGACGACGAAGUCGCCAACAGGAUCUCGAAAGCCAGUCAAGCUUUCGGUCGCCUCCAAAGCACAGUUUGGAAUCGCCACGGUCUUCAGCUGAACACGAAGCUGAAGAUGUACAAGGCCGUCAUCCUGCCGACACUACUGUAUGGAACGGAGACUUGGACGGUGUACGCAAAGCAGGCACGUCGUCUGAACCACUUCCACCUCAGUUGUCUUCGUCGCAUCCUGAGGCUGAAGUGGCAGGAUCGAAUCCCCGACAUUGAUGUGCUGGAAGGGACGGGAAUCCUCAGCAUCUACGCCAUACUGAGGCAAAUUCAGCUGCGCUGGAGCGGCCACCUGGUGCGCAUGGACGACGAGCGACUACCCAAACGACUCUUCUACGGAGACGUCGCGACGGGUUCUCGCCGUCAAGGAGGCCAGAUUCGCUGUUAG